AUGGCAAGAAAUUGGUUACGUAGUAUUUCACGAAUCAUGUCUGAAUCACUUAAAAGAACAAUCUCACAAGCUCAAGAAAUACUUACAUCUCAAACCACCAAUUUGGUCAAUGAUGGGAAUAAUGUUGUCAAAAAACUGAAACCAACCCUUAUGGGUAUCAGUGAAACUAAAGCUGGUAUUACUCAAUUUAUUAAUCCUAAUAUAACUGGAUUUUCUGGGUUAUUAAAGACAUUACAUUCAGAUUUCCAAGUCAACGAAAUUGACCCAUUAGGAAAUGUAGUUCAUUUAGUUGAUGAUGGUAUUGAUGUUGGACCAUCAAAACGAGAAUUGAAAUUACAAGAACGAGCUAAAUUUCGUCAAGAAAUUGAAGGUAAAACUGAAGAAGAAAUUGCUGAAAUAAAAGCUGCUAAGCAACAAGAAAAGGAACAGCAACGAUCGAAAGAAGUUGAGAAUAAAGAAGAUACUAAUACUACUGGUGAAUCAAACAAACAUCCAGUAUUAUCUGAUGAAGAUCGUAAAGAGUUAUUGAAAUUUGUUACUGAUGAUGAAUUGAAACAAGUUGAAUCAUUGUUUCAUAACGGGAAAAAUUUUGAAACUCAAACCAAAUUUGAUGAUAAAGAACAACGAACCAAAUUGCAUCAGUUAUUUAGAAAAGCUUUCGAAAAUAAAUUAGAAACUAUUACAUCACUGGAAAAUACUUUUAAAAUUGCCAUAUCAUCAAGAUCUUCUUCACAAAAUCGUAGAAAACAACCACGACAAUUUCAAGAAAGUAUGCAUCAUAUUGAUGAAAAUGGAGUGAUCAAUUAUGGAUUAGGUCCUUAUAAACCAUAUUUACAUUUCACUGUUUAUAAACAAAAUCGUGACACUAUGGAAGUUGCCAAUAAUAUUGCCAAAUUAUUAAGAAUGAAUCAUAAAUUUAUAAAUUAUGCUGGAACUAAAGAUCGUCGUGGUGCCACUUGUCAACGAUUCAGUAUUAAUCAUGGAAAAGUAUUACGAGUUAAUGCGUUGAAUAAACUGAAGAAAAAUGGCUUUACACUAGGAUCAUUUAGUUAUGAAGACCAUCCAUUGAAAUUAGGAGAUUUAAAAGGUAACGAAUUCACAAUAGUUAUUAGAGAUAUAAAACCUCAUCAUCAAUUAACCGAAGGAGACGAACUGAAAUCCAUUGAAUCAAUAGUAACAUCAUGUUUUGAAAGUUUACAAAAAAAUGGAUUUAUUAACUAUUUUGGAAUGCAAAGAUUUGGUUCAUUUAGUAUAUCAACUCAUGAAUUUGGUAAAUUAAUUUUAAAUGAAAAUUGGCAAGAAUUUGUUGAAUUAUUAUUAUCUGAUCAAGAAUCAGUAGCUCCUGGUUCAAUUGAAGCUAGAAAAAUUUGGAAACAAACAAGAGAUCCUUAUCAAACUUUAAAUAAAUUACCUCAUUAUUUUGUUGCUGAAACUGCUGUUUUAAAAAUUUUACAAAAUGAAUCACAACAACAACAAACAGAUGAUAAAUUUUAUUCUCAAAAUUCUUAUCUUAAAGCCAUUCAAGCAAUUCCGAAAAAUCUUCGUAUGAUGUAUGGACAUGCAUAUCAAGCAUAUAUUUGGAAUUUAGUGGCAUCGAAAAGAAUUGAAUUAUAUGGAUUGAAUUUAAUUGAAGGAGAUUUAGUAUUUGAUGAUGAUGAUGAUAAUGAUACCACUGUUAUUGAUGAAGAUGUGGUUUAUUUAAAUGAAGCUAAAGUUAAAUCAUUAACCAAAGAAGACAUUGAGUCAGGUAAAUAUACCAUAUUUGAUGUUAUUUUACCUUCACCGGGGUAUAAAAUUGAAUAUCCUACAAACCCAAUUUUAAAACAAGUUUAUAUUGAUAUUAUGGAAAAAGAUGGAUUAAAUCCAUUUAAAAUGACCAGAAAACAAAAGGAAUUUUCAUUAACUGGGACUUAUAGAAAGUUAAUGGCAAAAGCCAAUAAUUUAUCAUUUGAGCUUAUUAAAUAUAAUAAUGACGAAGAUGGAGAUGGAGAAAAACCAUUGAUUAGAACUGAUUUAGAAUUAUUACAAUUGAAAAAAGAACAGGAAAAGAAGAUAUCCAAUGAGGUUGAUACUCCAGUGGAAUUGCCUGAUAGAAUCAUUAAAACUAACACUACCGAUAAGGAAAGUGCUAAUAAAUUGGCUGUGGUUUUAAGAAUGCAAUUAGGAGUUAGUUCAUAUGCGACAAUGGCAUUAAGAGAAUUCAUGAGAAUUGAUACUUCAAGAUAUCGUGACGGUUUAUGUAAAUAG